AUGGCACAGAGUGGAAACGGAGCAGCAUGUGAGAGUGAUGUUACAUCACUUGGUACCGGACAAGAGCUGAACUUUGAUGAUGACACACUGAAAGGUAAAUAUUCUUACAACUGUUAAUACUGUAUCCCCAACAAGACUUUAACAUAGCAAAAUAAGGAGGAAUGAAAUCAAAGAUACAAAAAAGAAAAAAAAAAUCCGUCAUUUAAAAACAUUCAACAUAUCAAAGUGGUUAGAGAGUCAAAGUCGAAGGUGGUUUUUCAACUUUUUAUCUAGAUUAGAAUUUUGUAGAAUUUGUGGCAGAGGAAUGCUGAAUUUUCUCCCAGCAGGUAUGAUUUCCUUUUUUCCCGCCAACCCGAAAGAUGCACACUACCGCAUAACGCCUUUGAUAAUAGUGUAAGUUCCGUCUAGCGCUACAAAUUUAAUGCUUUUCUAGCUUUUUUGGCGUUUUUAACUCUAGAAAGUGAGCAUAACUAACGACCAAAUUUGCCACUAUUCUGUGAUCAAUGUCAUGGUCAACGCCACGAACAAGUGAACAAGUGACACCAUUUGCCUAACCGGGGAGUAAAUGACCCCUGUCAUGAUCACUUUUUUGUUUUAAUAUGCAUCAAAGAGACGAAGACGGAAAUGAACCUAUUAAAAAGUUGCACACGAUAGUCCGUAUUGUACUCUUAUCUUUUGCACUCACAAUUAUAAUUCACCAUUUUAUUUUUUUACACCAUGGCAAGUUUCGUUCCCAAAGGAGUAUUCCGGAUUUUUAAGAGACGUGGAUGAACUAAUUGGGGCAAAAAUCAAAACCCGCAGAAGUUCCCUGAACCAAAAAUUAACCCCCAAAAAAUCCUAUACAGAACUACGCACCGACAAAAUUAUUCAGUUAAAAUCAAGCCAACUAAGAAAAUACUUGCCAUAUUUUUCCUACCCCAAAAGAAUCCCAGAAUUGAAAAUUUUAAGCCCAAAAAAUCCUUCUAUCAUCGCCGUCACUUGAAAUCCGGACUACCUCAACUGGAGUUUCGUUCCACCCCAAUUUUCUUAAUCAAAAGUUUGCUUAUGGCGUACUUCAUAACCGCAAAACAGAUUGUCGAAUACGAAGCUGAAUCGGAGAGACCUACAAGUAAAAAGGAAAGAACCAAGAAUGGAAAAAACAAACAAGUACCCUGUAUUUUGUUGGAAACCGAAAUACACUCAACUCGAAAACGAAGAACCCUCAACGCCGGUGAAAGGGUGUGCAAUAAACCAAAUGGGUCCGUAAAUUUGAAGCGUGACCAUCCCCUUUGGGUAUUUGCGUUGCCUCGACGUAUUCGUACCCAUUGUUGGGUAUUUGGAAUCAAAUGUUUUGGCUCAGGGAGGGGAGAGUAUAGUAGAGGUUUACAUUUUUAGCACCUUACAUUGAGAAAGUUUGCGGUAUUGUAGUGUUUGGCAAAUUUUCAUGCGGUACUUGUGUAAAUGUGGCCUUGAAUUCUGAUAUUGUGGUAUUUCUAAACAUGCCGAAGUUUUUGUGAUUGGUUCGGGGAUUUUUAGCAUGGUUGUGUCGAAUUUCUCGAUUUCUCUUUGCAGUGUUACGGUGUUCCGUAUACCCCUAGCCGCUCUUCAAUGGUUUUUUUUUGCGUAUGCGUAUAUUUCUGCCAAAAGACCAGCUUUGAUAGUGUGACAAGUUGCGGUUUUAGAAAGGUUUACCAAACAAUAUUCCCAUGAUAAUUGUUUAUGCGUUUGAACCCAUCAACAGAAAUAAUUAGCAAGGCAUUUAUAAUAACGGAUGCUGAAAUCUUAUGGUGCAACCACAGCACCUUCACAUUUUACCAUUUAUUAUUAUAAUUAUUAUAACUAUUAUAUUAUUAUUAUUAUUAUUACUAUUUGAAAAGUUAUUUUAGUGUUAAUCCAAUCUUAAGUUUUUGUAGUUUUGAAAGUAAAAAAAAGUGUUGUUGUUGAUGUGGUCAUAGCAGCCAAACAUCUUUAAGUAGCAAACCGAAUUUAUAUACUUAACAGUGUUUUUAUCCCGAGUUUUUAUCAACAAAGUAUUACCAAUGACGAAAGCCGUUGCAAAUUAUGAAGAUUAUCCCGUUACGUUCUAUAAAACUAAAAGUAAACUUAACCGAAUUUCACUAGCACCAAAAAAGACAAUAUGUUUAUAAGGAUUAUGGCUGCAAUUGACUCCUGAUUCUGUUUCCAAAUAUGGUUCUGUCACGUCUUACUGAAGUGGUACUGUAACUCCCUGCUGCUACUAAGUCGAUUGACUAGGGUAACAAAAAAUAACUGCAAAAAACGUCGCUCUAAAUCUGAAACUGAAUCAGCCACCGAGAUUGUCGGAAAGUGAGUUGGCAAUGGUUGGUUACUAGGGUGUUCUGAGCGACUUAGCUACUGAAUUCUGGAAAGCAGUUUCAUGUCUUGAAUGAAAGCAUAACGGAAAACUGAAUCAGAUUACGUUACUGUCCUGUUGUUUGAAAAUUACUUCACCGCUCAUUUCAUGACAGCCUGCCACAGAAUUUUGAUUGAUUUGUUCAGUCAAUAAAAGUUUUAUACUAAUGUGAGUUUACCACUUGUCGCAAAAUGAAUGGUUGUUUUGGUAACAGUGCUUAUGCAAUUGAAGUUAAUAUUAAUUUAAAGCUUUUACCGAUUUUUCCAGAUCAAACCAUUAUGGCACAGAGUGGAAACGGAGCAGCAUGUGAGAGUGAUGUUACAUCACUUGGUACCGGACAAGAGCUGAACUUUGAUGAUGACACACUGAAAGGUAAAGAUUCUUACAACUGUUAAUAGUGUAUCACUAAAAGGCCUUUAACAUACUAAACUAAGCACAAGUAAAAUAAAAUAUACAGAAAAGACAAAAAACCGUCAUUUGAAAACAUUCAACAUACGGAAGUGGUUAAAGAGUCAAAGUCGUUAAACAUUAUCUCUACUGAAGGUGGUUUUUUAACUUUUCAUCUGGAUUAGGCUUUUCCUAGAAUUUGUGGUGGAGUUUACCACUUGUGACAAAAUGAAUGGCUGUUUUGGUACUAGUGCUUUAUAUACAAGUAAAGAUAAUGUCAGUUUACAGCUUUAUACCGAUUUUUCCAGAUCAAACCAUUAUGGCACAGAGUGGAAACGGAGCAGCAAGUGAGGGUGAUGUUACAUCACUUGGUACCGGACAAGAAAUGAACUUUGAUGAUGACAAACUGAAAGGUAAAGAUUCUUACAACUGUUAAUAGUGUAUCACCAAUUAGCCUUUAACAUAGAAAUUUAAGGAGAAAUGAAAUAAAAGAUACAGAGAGGAAAAAACCGUCAUUUGAUACCAUUCAACAUACAUAAAGACUGGAAGUCGUUAAACAUUAUCUCUACUGAAGGUGUUUUUUACUUUUUGUCUAGAUUAAACUUUUUCUAAAAUUUGUGGUGGACGAAUUCCUUUAUCUUGUGGAUUCACCGUUACAUAUAGCCCUGCUUUAGCUCCCGCCAAGUAUGAUUCCUAUUUUCCCGCCAACCCGAGAGAUGCACACGCACCUCAUAAUGGUUUAUUAGUGUGAGCUACAAAUUUAAUACAUUUUUAGCAUUUUUAACAUCAGAAAGUGAGGAACGGAACGACCAAAUUUGCACCUAUUUCACAAGUCUGUGAGCAAUGUCAUGAUCUAGUACAAACAUUAACCAUAAAGGACUGCAAAGGACCGCAAACGAAUAUGCCGGAGAACGUAGGAUCCAUAAAGACCUGAUCAGCAAAAAUGAAAAGUGAAAAGUAGACAUAUUAAAUUCUGCAAGCAGAAUACUGCAAUGCUGACCGUACUACGUGAAAAUUAACUCUGCAAGACAUCAACACGACACCGAAAGAACUCAAAACAGAGCGAGAUUGUAGCCAUAGUCAUGAUCAACGCCAUUUAUGAGUUAACAAGUGACACCAUUUGCCUAACCGGGGAAUAAUUAUCCCCGUGGUAUUUUUCGUUUUAAUCUGUAGCAAAGAGACGAAGACGGACUCCCGGAUGAACACACAAAAAAGUUGCACACGAUAGUCCGUAUUGUACUCUUAUCUUUUGUACUCACAAUUAUAACUCGCCAUUUUAUUUUUUAUACCAUAGCAAGUUUCGUUCCCAAAGGGUUAUUACGGAUUUUAACAGACGUGGAUGACCAAAUGGGUGCAAAAAUCAAAAACCAAAAUUCCCUGGACCAAAAAUUAACCCCAAAAAUCCUAUACAGAACUAUGCACCGACAAAGUUCUUUAGUUUAAGUCAAGCCAACUAAGAAAAUACCUGUCAAAUUUUCCUACCCCAAAAGAAUUCCGGAAUCGAAAAUUUCAAACCCAACAAAUCCUUCGAUCAUCGCCGUCACUUGAAAUCGGCAGUACCUCCACUGGGGUUUCGUUCCACCCCAAGUUUCUUUAUCGAAAGUUAUGCUUAUGACGUACUUCAUAACUGUAAAACAGAUUGUCGAAAUCAAAGCUGAAUCGGAGAGACCUACAAGUAAAAGGGAAACAACCACGAAUGCAGAAAGAACCAAGUAUUUUCUAUUUUUUGGAAACCGAAAUACACUCAACUGGAAAACGAAGCACCCUCAACCCUGGUGAAAGGGCCUGCAAUCAACUACAACUGGUCAGUUAAUUUGAAGCGUGACCAUCCCCUUUGGGUAUUUUCGCUGCCUCUGGAUACUCUUACCCGCAAUGGGGUAUUUGGAAUCAAUGUUUGCCUCGGGGAGGGGAGAGUAUGGUAGUGUCUGACAUUUUUAGCACCUAACAAUGAGAAAUUUUUUGGCAUUGUGGUGUUUGGCAAAUUUUCAUGCGGUACUUCUGUAAUUGUGGUCUCGAAUUCUGAUAUUGUGGUACUUCUAAACAUGUAGAAUUUUUCUGUUAUUGGCUCGGCGAUUUUUAACAUGGUUUAAGUUGUCGAAUUUGUCGAUUUUUCUUCGCUGUGUUACGGAGUUGGGCAUACCCCUAGCCGCUUCAAUUUUAAUUUUUUUAGCAUGCAUAUACUUCUACUAUAAGACCGCCUUCGAUAGUGUGAUAUCGUGCCCAGUUGCGGUAGUUGAAAGGUUUCCUCUUCAGUUCCAAACAA